UGUCCAAGAGUUAUGGAAUACCAAGUAUCCGAUUUCCAGCCCAUCAAUGCUCAAAUGUUGUACCAGAAUUUUGUUAACGAACCCCCGGCUUGCAUGUUCUCUAUAUCGCCCGAAUCUUCCCCAGAGGCUGGAACAACUCACAUGUAUGACAACAAGGAAAAUGCUCGCGGGAUGAUGUGCAAGAGACGUCUGGAUUUCGGCCCUCAGCAGACUGAUUACCUGGGGCUGCACAAACCACCAACUGUUGCUGUGGCGAGACGCAACGAGCGAGAGAGGAACCGCGUCAAACUCAUCAACAUGACUUUUGCAACUCUCCGAGAACACAUACCAGCGGGAGCGAAGUGUGGCAAAGGCAAGAAACUCAGCAAGGUAGAUACCUUGAAAGCCGCCAUUGAUUACAUCCGGUAUCUGCAGACACUGGUUGACGAACACGAUGCUGUAAACGCAGUCCUUGAUAACAACUGCCUCCCAAAGUCAUCGCCCGGGACCGUGCCCCCUCCGUCCCCCACUGCCAGUUCCCCAAAUCCCAGUGUUUGUUCCGAGACGUCCCACGAGAACCUGAGCCUCAGUACAGAGGAAGAGGAACUGCUAGACUUCACGAACUGGUUCUAAGA